CUUCAUUGUGGCGAGAUGAAGUGGAUUUCUUUCUUUUCACUGUUCUGUGCUACUUUCUACGUAGGGGCAACUAGUAAUUGCCCUCAAACCAUCGAUGUAGAUACAUCACCUGUGGAAGGGCUUUUGGGAACCAUGCUGCAGGUGCUGCUGGACAGGUUAGACGAUAUGGAACGUAAAUUGUCGGAGCUUCAAACCGAGUUGAGAGAGCACCGCGAGGAAGUGGAACGGAACCGCAUCCCAGAUUGUGUCUCGCCAACAUCAGCCACACCGCCGCCAGAUAGCACCACACCAACAACACUGACAACAACCAGUACAACGCAAUCAACGGUCACUAAGCCACCAAACUACGUCUCAUGCAAGAAUGCACCAGCAAACGUUUCAGGAGUCUAUCUUAUCCGCAUCAACGACACUAGUGCGCCGUUUAAGGUCUAUUGCGAGAUGGAAUCAUUUGAUGGCGGUUGGAUUGUAGUGCAACAUCGAUUCGAUGGCACGGUUGAUUUUUUUCGGAGAUGGUUCGACUACCGAAACGGCUUUGGUGAGGUGGACAAGGAAUUCUGGCUCGGGCUGGAGCACAUCCACCAACUGACGACGGUCCGUGCACAUGAAAUAGUGAUUGAGAUGAAAGACUUUAGCGGUAAUUACGGGUAUGCUCGUUAUAAUGCCUUCCAAGUAGGUGACGAGAAUGAGCAAUACAUUCUUAAAACACUCGGAUCGUAUAAUGGAACCGCAGGCGAUUCGCUUGUACAGCACAAGGGAAGGAUGUUCUCAACAAAGGAUAGGGAUAAUGAUGAGAGCCCCCUAAUUUGGGCUUCUAUUUGCGAAAGCGGCUGGUGGCACGGUGUUAAUGAUGCAUAUUCAAACUUGAACGGACGGUACGUCGUAACUAACGUAUUGAAAUCAAAUUUUUGGAUUAGUUUCAAAGAAUAUCGAGGAAUGAGAUUCACCAGGAUGAUGAUCCGUGAAGUAUAAAAUCCUGCACGCUCUAAAAUAAACAUAUUUGAAUGAACAUUA